AGAGAGCGAGAGAGAGAGAGGGCGUGACCUAGAGAGAGAGGGGGAAGAAGAAAGAAAGGAAGAAGGAGAAGAAGAAUGGUUCAAUCUAGGGGUUUGAGCAAGGAGGUGCUUCUAGAUCGGAUUCUUGAUUUCUAUCAAGAGAGUAGUAAAAUGCCUCCUGUAUUGAAAAUGACUAAGAAACAAUUGCUUAAGGAGAUCCGCGCGAUUCCUAAAGUCCAGCUUGACGAGGACCCCUACAAUUGGUGCAUAGCAGUCUUGAAAAUGACAAAGGAGGUCUGUGAUCGCAUCCAAGGGAUGAUGAAUAAAAGGGGAGCCUUACUAUGGCCCAUUAAGCAACAUUGGGUCAUGAGGGAAGCAUUGUCGAUAUACUCGGAGGCCUUACUUCAGUGGGAUCAAUCAUGGAACCUUGUUGAGCAACACGACCUGGAGUUUAGCAACAUGGAUUACGCAAUUUGUGAAUUUCUGGGUUACUACGAGUUUAGUCAUCCGGAGUUGGUGCUAGUAAAGAUGGAUGACGGGGAACUGGAGGAUCGUGUAGAGACAAUGCAUGAUGAGGAAGGAGAGUUUGAAGUUGAAGUAGUAAUUCGAGCCAUACCGCGUCUGACCGCGAGGAUGAAGAUUAUGGCGAGCGCUCCCAGCUAUUUCCACAUCUUGGAGAACCUUUUUUAUUAUAGUUCAGGGGACGAGUCCACUGUUGAGGACUAGAGUCCAUUACAUAAUCGUCGCAUGGGGUGCUAUUAAAUAAGAUGG